AUGACAGAUAUGGCAGAUAAUCAUAAGGAAAAUUGGGUAGCCCUGGUGGCUGCAGCGGAACAGUACCGGCGUCAAACGGGCAAUGAAAUUGUUUUGCUCACAGCCUUCCGGGCACCACCCCCUGGCAACUACAGCUAUGUGCAGCAUGGAAGUGGGGCUUUAGCAGAUGCCGUUCAACGCUACCUCGAAGAUAUCGCAGUGGUUCACAAAACCACUGCUUUCACCUAUGCUGCCCGCCCUCCCUCAAUCCCUCGUCCACCUCCCCCACAAGGAUCCUACUCCCAAAGUUACCCUCCUACUUAUGCUCCAGAUGAACCUGCCCCACACAGGACGCCUACCUUCCAGGGGGACUUGCCUCAGGCUUCAGGAGGCCAAGAACCUGAAGAUGAAGAUGAUGAAGGGGACAGAAAUACAUUGACUGAACUGGAACAAUCCAGUGGGAGAGACCCUCCUCCUAGUGACACUACUGGUCUGUUUGUGAUGGACGAAGAUUCUCCAAGCCAAGAUUAUGAGCCUUUUUUUGAUUCCGAUGUGGAGAGCACUGACGAUGGGAGUCUGAGUGAGGAGGCUCCAGGACAGACAGCUCCUCCACCCCCAAGCCAUCAGUAUGCCAAAUCCCUCCCAGUCUCCGUGCCCAUCUGGGGCUUUAAAGAGCAACGCCAAGAGAUACGAUCCUCUGACGAAGAGAACAGUAAGCAUUCGUCUCCUGACCUCGAGAAGAUUGCCGCCAGCAUGAGAGCUUUGGUGCUGCGGGUUUCAGAUGGCACAGAGAUGUUUGGGGAUCUGCCUCGGCCACGCCUGAACACCAGUGACUUCCAGAAGCUGCAGCGGAAAUAUUAAUAGAUCUGGCCAUUGCCCCUUCCGCCUCGGCGCCAUUUUCCUCCACUACCAAAAAUCGGUAGACAGGGUCCAGAGCUCCUCUCAAGCCAUACCGUUCAAAUUCUAUCCUCCCCUCCGGCCUUGGCUCCCACAAGCUUUAAUUUAAAAUGGGUAACCUCAGUUUCACACUACAGAUGGGCCGGAAGGGUUAAUUACCUCUUUUUUUUU